GCAUCAAAAAGGCCGCGUGCAGAACAAGCAGAACAUAGACAGCCUGCCUCUGUGUCCAGCAGCCAAGGCACCCUGUACCUGCUCCCUUCAACUUGCCCAGGCUGGGCAAGCACACAGCUCUGUGGACAGAGGCCUUGCUCUCCAGCGGGAUUGCGCCCACACUGCUCUGUGUCUUUCUUUACUUGGCUUGUGCUACUGCUGAACUUCCAGCGGCGAGUAGAGGGAUGGCCACCAGCAGAGCCAGAAGCCAGGAAGGCCACCGGGAGCAUGCCUUCAUCCCAGAACCUUUCAACGGGGCUAACAUAGUCCCCAGCCUUUGGCUGCACCGCUUUGAAGUCAUUGACGAUCUUAACCACUGGGACCAUGCCACCAAACUGAGGUUCCUGAAAGAGUCACUCAGAGGAGAUGCCCUGGAUGUCUACAAUGGACUCAAUUCCCAGGCCCAGGGUGACUACAGUACUGUGAAGGAAGCUCUUCUGAGGGCCUUUGGGGGCUCCGGGACGGCCCACAGUCAGAAACCCAGAGAGAUUUUGUUUGCCAACAGCAUGGGUAAGGGCUACUACCUUAAAGGAAAGAUUGGUUCAGUGUCUGUGAGGUUCCUGGUGGACUCUGGGGCUCAGGUAUCUGUGGUCCACCCAAGCUUGUGGGAGGAGGUCACUGAUGGUGACCUGGACACCCUUCGGCCUUUUGAAAAUGUGGUCAAAGUGGCCAACGGGGCAGAGAUGAAGAUCUUGGGUGUGUGGGACACAGAAGUGACCCUGGGCAAGCUGAAGCUGAGUGCACAGUUUCUGGUGGCCAACGCAAGUGCAGAAGAGGCCAUUAUUGGCACCGAUGUCCUGCAGGACCACAACGCCGUCCUGGACUUCCAGCACCGUACCUGCACUCUGAAGGGGAAGAAGUUCCGCAUGCUGCCUGUUGGGGGGCCCUUGGAGGAUGAGUUCGACCUGGAGCUCAUUGAGGAGGAGCCCUCGGAGGGCUCCCACUAAGAAGUCCCUUUCCUUGCCCCAGCAUUGGUGGGAGGGCCUUGUGUUGUGGAGAGCAGAUGUCCUCGGAGGGUGUCAUUGGGCCUGGCCAGUCUUUACACUUGAUCUCAACCUCCCUCCUUCUGCAGGGGCCUUACCUUGCCCCUGGUGGGGGAGGGCGGGCAGCUUGCUAGUCUAGAGUAGGGUCUGCAAAGACCUUCAAGGAAUAUUAGAUCCCCUGAGGUGUGACUCAGUCACCUUCAGGUCCCCAAGCCUGCUCAGCUGAGCCUGGUCCUGGCUAAGGCCCCCAUGACUUGGAGGAGAGUGACAGCCGCUCUGGGAUUCCUCCCCAUGAGUCCUCCCAACUGCACAAUGGUGUUCCCUCCUGUCCUUGAAUCUCAUGGAGCCUGUGUCGAUAAUUCAGUUAUUUCAAAACAGCAAUAAAGAUCUGUUCAUGGAAAAAA